GGCUUAUCCAGAUAGUGCGAUGCGAGUGCGAUGCGAGACAUGAGGAAGCAUGCUGAUGCCUGUCUUCGCGCGUCGCCUGACAGUGGCACGAUCAUCCUAACGAGCCCAAGUCAAUGAAUCGAGUCGUCCGCGACGCAGGCAGAUAAGGGCGGCCGUGGCGCCAGUCACUGCCGGCCCAAGUGAAGUCGCCGCGACCUCCGAGCUCGCGAGCAUGUCGAUGUUGCCCCCAUUGGCAAUGCAUCACAAAUGCAAAUGCAACGCUCGCAUCGAUGAACCAGGCCGCACCGGUCCUGUCGACGGCAGCAGCGCUUUGGUAGUGUUACCCGAAUUGGAGCCUACUCUUCUCUGCGCGAGUCUGAACUUUUGGCUCGAGCAAUUCUCACCCACGCUCACACGCACGCGCUCGGUCCAAUGUCGUCGUCGACCUCGGUCAGACAGGCAGUCAGGCAGGCGGGCGGAGUUGAGUGCAGAGGCAGAGGCCGCCGACGGAGACCGGCGAAAUGGACGAGACAGCGAGGUGAAAGUAGAGCUCGCUGCGCUGUACUGCUCAACGAUGCUGCUGGGUUAUGCUGCUGCUGGGCGUCGAAGCGUGUGGCGCGGAGUGUCAUGCUGGCGAGUGAGCAGCGCUUAUCGCUCCACUCGUUGCACAACACCGGCAUCACCGGGACCAACGACCAUCACUCCAUGCCACACACACGCUCUUCUUGAUCUCAUCUCGUCUCCACCCGCCCCCCAUUCACGUCUUUCGUGGAUCCCGAUCCCCGCCGCUCCCUCGAUCGCUCACUUUUCCACGCCGCCCCCGCUGCGAUCCUUCUGAGCUUUCGUCGACAGGUCUUAGUAUCAUUCAUCUCGCCAAUCUCUCAGCCGUUGCCGCCGACCCGCUCGUCCCUACCGCUCUUCAAGACGACGAUUGACCCCCGUCGCUCAACACACGGCCGUAUCUCUAUCCGCUCUCAGGCGGCACACGACUCUCCGUCCUUCCGCCGAGACUUGCGCAACUGCCACCCAGCGGCAGCAGCAGCAGCAGGCAGCACAGGCAGCUGAGCUUUGAAUCAAAGGAGCAAGGGCGAGCCGCGACAACCCGCGCCGCGCCUCGUCGACAACGACGACGACGACGACGAC